AUGGCAUCACCAGCCCGCUCCCACUCAGGCUGUCUCUCAGACCCAACUCCCAUAGAAAAGCUUCCAACGCUGGCCUCCCUCAAUUCCUCCGUCCAAAGCAACCCAGUUAACCCCAACAAGCGUCUCUCCACAAAGCCCAGUCGACGUCUACGCAAGGGCCCUGGCAAGCUCCACGAUAACAAAAUCAGCAUCACCAAGGAGCUGACUCGCGGGACUCCUACUGAUGGGAAUCCAAACCGGCCCCUGAGCAAGUCCCUCAGCCAGCUAGACAUCGCGAGGAAAAGAAGCCAAUACUUCAACGAAGCGUUCACUUCUAGAGAGCCCUAUCAUAACCCUAGACAUCGGAUCAAUCUGGACUCUGUCGUUGUUGUUGAGAUUAAGACGAAUGUCUUUCUGGAAAAUGACUUCCAGAGCCUCUCAGAGCUCUCCUUCAACCUCGCCCGGAUCUUCCAGCGCCCAGAGGCUUCAAUCCUCCUUUGCGUCGAACACAACUGCUGCCUGAUGCUUGCUAGUAGUUACGAGCCCGCCUACCUGGUCACCGUCUCCGCCUUGCCAUGCUCAAUCGCACCCAUAACCAACCUGCGCCAUACCGUCCUAAUCCAAGCCGCCAUCUUCGACAUCUUCGACAUCCCCAGCAACCGCGGCGUGAUCAAAUUCGAAUCCAUGGCGGAAGAAAACCUUGCCACAAACGGCUCUACCAUCCGCGACGAGAUUGACCAGCUCGAACGCACCUCGAAUGACGAACAUAGCAUCUUCAAGACCCUCUCGCACACCGUCAGUCGCAGAAUGAAAUCGAGCACGUCGAACGGCAAUAACAGCAUUGUCAGGCCUAAUACUCCUGUUCAUGGGUUGCAGAGUUUGGAUAAUAGCAAUUACAAUAGUAAUACCACCACCAAUAAUAAUACUAACAAUAAUAAUAAUACUAACAAUAAUAAUGGCGAAAGCGGUUUGCCAGUCGACGGGGAGGAAGAGCCUGCUUCCCCCAGGCGGGUGGGAUUCAGGGGUAGGGACCGCGUCAUUAAGAAGUGUCAGAGUAUCAAGCAGCUGUUCUUCCGUUGAGAAUGAUUUUUUUUUCUCUGUAAAUGCGUAUUCUUCUCUCCUUUUCGUCCAAAGAAACACAGCUGGCCGGGUUGGCUGUGGGGCUUAUCGAUUCCUUAUAGUCAUUUACUUCUUCU